GGUUUGCGCAUCGCUCCGCCCCCUGGGUGGCAGUGACCAAUAGUGUGAGGGGCUCUCUCACACGGCUGCUACGUCACUCCGGGGCCGGGGAGUUUGGGUCUGGGUUGUAACUGAGUUGUCUCCUUUGCCGGAGGAGUCUCGUCCAUCACUGACUUCAGGGAACCUUUAGAGUGGGCUGGAGGCUACGGCCCUUAUCGGAGGGGGGCGCCUGGUCACCCACUCAGCGUCCUCUCCAGUCCGCAGUGGUUGACAACAGCGCUCCUGGAAUUGCAUUUCAGCCGACCUUGAGCGCAGAGAAGCCUGGCCUGUGUUCCUGCCUGCAGGAACUUGGUGGGAAUUUCAGUAUAUGGAAAACUGUGUUCCAGCUGGUGUGAAUCCAGAGGUCUUAGUAUAGUAUUGGGACCAAAAUAUCGUGUCAGACAGCUGAGAACUCCCGGAAUCCCAUGGGUUUCUAAAUUACAUUUGCCCAGGAGCACUAUGGCCCAUGUUGUCUUGAUUCCUGGGUUCUGUCGCCGCACUGUGGGAGCUAUCUGCACUCAGGCUGCUUCGUGGAGAUCGACAGCCAGCACUUUGCGUCACCUUACUCUAACCAGCAUAAUGAAAUCCAAAAGGAAAACUGAUCACUUGGAGAGAACUGCAAGUGUCCUCCGACGGGAGGUCGUGGCUGCGGCUAAGGUGUGUGAAAUUGCCCACGAGUCUCCGUCAGUGAAGAGCCUUCGCUUGCUUGUCCCCGAUAAAGACUUCUCCUUUAAGGCUGGCCAGUGGGUUGAUUUCUUUAUCCCAGGAGUCUCAGUCGUUGGUGGGUUUUCAAUUUGCUCCAGUCCCCAACUGCUAGAACAAGAGAGAAUAAUAGAAUUGGCAGUGAAAUACACAGACCACCCUCCCGCUGUCUGGGUUCACAAUAAGUGCACACUUGACUCCGAAGUGGCGCUCAGAGUGGGUGGAGAGUUCUUCUUUGACCCUCGGCCCACAGAUGCCCCUCGAAACCUCGUGUUGAUUGCUGGAGGGGUUGGGAUUAACCCCCUGCUUUCCAUCCUGCGCCACUCAGCAGAUCUCCACCGAGACCAAGCAGACAAAGGAAGUAGCUAUGAGAUAGGAACAAUAAAACUGUUCUACAGUGCAAAGAACACCAGUGAACUCCUGUUUAAGAAAAAUAUCCUCGAUUUAGUAAAUGAAUUUCCUGAGAAGAUUACUUGCAGUUUGCAUGUUACAAAACAGAUGACACAAAUCAGUGCAGAACUUCAGCCAUACGUCACAGAAGGAAGAAUAACGGAGAAGGAGAUAAGAGACCACAUUUCAGCAGAGACUCUGUUCUACAUCUGCGGCCCGCCUGCAAUGACUGACUUUUUCUCUAAGCAACUGGAAACCAGCCAUAUUCCCAAGGAACACAUUUGCUUUGAGAAGUGGUGGUAGGGAGCCGGCACAGAAGACUCGAGAGCUAUUCAGGAGAGUAAGACUCUGUUUAGGGUCUGUGGAUUUGCCUCCAUCUGAGCUGUCCUUUUUUAAAGCUGUGGAACUAAGUGUCCAACCCAAGACUGGAAGGAAAACCAGCAGCAGAUUUACACGAUAAACUUGUGUGGACUUCAUUGGUCAAGCUAUUUUUGACUAUACUGUUUUUUUUAAUACUAUUUAAUUAUCUCAUGAUAGUUCAUUGUUACGAAGUUUCUGACCCCUGGGAGAAUACCAUAGACUCAAUCCAAAAAUAAUGAAAAUACUUAUUAACUGCUAGCAGGACAACAAUCUGUGAACCAAAUUUGAGAUUGCCAUGAAGGAGGGGUUUAAGGAAGGUUUUUUAAAGAAGAAAGCCACAGGAAGACCUUCAGUAUCUACACAAGCAAGUAGAAACUGGUCUCUUCUGUCAAGUGGGUAAAGCAACUCAAAACAGUCUUUGGGUAUCUGUGUGAGCAAGUUACAGAAGCUAAAAAAAAGCAGGCAGUCAUAUCAACAUCUGGUUGGGGGUCACUGAGUCAGUGCUGUUUUCUGGGAACCCAUCUUUCUGGAAUUUUGAGUCUAGAGCAAGCAGUCAUUAGGUACUAAGAUGGAGGCCUAACACAAAAUGGUUUCUCUGGCUGGCCUUUACACCAUGAACUGAUUAGUACAGAUUUUUCUUUGCCAUUGGGGAGAAAGUGGUCUACUUACAUUAAUUAAAGGAAAAUGUGGGUUUUGUGUGAACUGUAUGCUUCUUUAAAUUAUUGGACAGAGAUUCAUAAAUCUUAUGUUUAGUGAGUUUAUAAUUUUAAGUACAUUCUUCACUUUAGUUUGAAAAGUCUUCCUGUUUAAUGUUUUGGUUUUCUUUUACUAUGGAUGGCCGGUAGCCACAUGUGAACCCCCAGCAUUGCAUCAGGAAAUAAAAAAGUCAUCAAGAAAACA